UUAUUCGGGUUUUUUUACCUUUUCUUCCAAAAAAAAAAAAGCAAAGCCCUCUCUCUCUUCGCUUAGGAGUUCGCGAUCAGCGAUGGCGACUCUCGAUUCCGACGUCCCCAUGGUCCCCGCCGGCGAGGGCUCGAGCAGCGGCGCCGCCGCCUCCUCGUCGUCGUCUAAGAAGCCGAAGCGGUUCGAGAUCAAGAAGUGGAACGCCGUCGCCCUCUGGGCCUGGGAUAUCGUGGUGGAUAACUGCGCGAUUUGCCGGAACCACAUCAUGGAUCUCUGCAUCGAGUGCCAAGCGAACCAGGCCAGCGCCACUAGCGAGGAGUGCACGGUUGCUUGGGUAGUGUGCAAAAUUAAGGAUUACAUUUUGACGGUCAAAGCUGGUAAACUUUAG